CAUGCGACGGACGUCAACAAGUAUGCUACCGUCACAGUGACCACGCUACGCAAGAUGACAAUGCUGAUGAUGGAACGGAUCAUUUCGAACAGUCACAAGAGCCAGGAGCUGGUGUUGCCCGAGAAGCAGUCGGAGCCGCAGGUCUUCCUGCAGCCGAAGAGGAUGUGCGACGAUUCGCGUGACGCGGAGAUGUGCGACAACGAGAAGACGGACGAGGAGGACCUGAACGUGGACGUGGAGAACGACGACGCAUUGUGUCCUGUCGAUUUGACUAGACGUCAGGAGAAGUACACGUCCUUCGAGAAUCUGGUCAAUUCGUCGAAGACCGACUCGAACAGUGACUAUACGAGCUUCAAGGACGAGAUGAAGCGGUCGGAGAGUGUUUGUAGUGAUGUUAGUAGGUCGGACAGUCCGAGGGACCGGAGUCCGUCGGUCGUUUCGCAUCCCAACAGACGAUUGGCGUUCUCCGUCGAGAACAUUUUGGAUCCGAAUAAGUUCACUGGUAGACAGUCGGUUUAUAGUGAUGGGAUUUGUUGUUGGAAGCCGCUCGAUGGGUCCAGGGGCUCGCCAGAUUACGAAGGAAGCGAAACAGGCAAGGAACACAAUUCGGACGACGACGACGACAUGCAGAGCGACAUCAGCGACGACCUCAAGGACCCGCUGUCGAAGAAGAAGAAGGGCGACUCGAAGUCGCAGAACACGGGGAAGCCGCGGCGGGCCCGCACCGCCUUCACCUACGAGCAGCUGGUGGCGCUCGAGAACAAGUUCAAGACGACGCGCUACCUGAGCGUGUGCGAAAGACUGAACCUGGCGCUCAGCCUGAGCCUGACGGAGACGCAGGUGAAGAUCUGGUUCCAGAACAGGCGGACGAAGUGGAAGAAACAGAAUCCGGGCAUGGACGUGAACUCGCCGACGGUGCCGCCGCCCAGUGUCGGUUCGGGCGGCAGCUUUCCCGCCUUCCCCGGCCACCACACGCACUCCGGGCUGUUGUAUUCGCACCACGUGCCGUACGGCAGCGUGUACCCGUUGCAGGCCACCAGCUCGUCCGGCUACACGCCGUACUUCCACCUGGCCAACCACGGUCACAAUUUGGGCUCUUGAAAGUUGAACUAGAUGACCGGCGGAUUUGUAUAUAGUUCUUUUUUUUUCGUUUGCGUACUGGACUCGUUUUUGUACAUUCUGUGCUGUUCCGAGGUUUAUGGCAAUGCGAGGUUUUUGUAUAUAUAAAAUAUAUGUAUUGUUUUCGUUGCUCCGGGGCAAUGUGACUUGUGCCAUAUUGUAUAUAUGCGUAGGUAUAAGGAAUUGGUACUUGCCAAUUUAAUAUCGAAUAUGUAUAUCUAAAAUUCAACUGGGUUUUGUGCAAAUACCUAAUUACCUGUAAAUUAUGCUAAAAUGAAUGUACUUAGAACUGUAUUUAUUAAUGAUGUAUGUAAAAUUUCUCUUGUAAAUAAAAUAUAACUUCGUA